UUCCUGGAAUGGUCUCCCGCUACAUAUACAGUCCAGCCCCAGUUUGAUUCUAUUCACUGAGAGGCUGGCAACUGUAACUUUCUAAUCUCUAUCUAUGUUUUUAUCUUAAUAAUUGUAGUUCUUUUUAACUUUGCACCUAAUGAGCUUGCUCAUCUUUAAUAGUCUGUCCAAGACAAAGUGCCUCCCAGUUAUAAUCAGUAUUGAUUGUUGGGCAGUAAAAUGUAGAUCUAGAUGUAGAACCACAACUUGGUAAAAGUUUGGAACUUUCACUUUGUUUGUGAUAUUGCUGAAUUGAUUUGCUACAAAGUUGAAAUAGUUGUUCCUCAUCAUCACCUACACAUAUCACACAAUGGUCAUAACUCUUGCUAAAAUAUUUCAUGAAUUCUGCCACCUUACUUGGAUUUUCAUUUUAAUGUUUCGAUGCUUUUUCACUGUAUCUCUGGUAUUACUGAAUGGAUAUGAUUUAAACUUAAAACAGUUGUCAUAUAUCAUCACCAACAUCAUAUGACUUAAGGUCCAUAUCUUUGGCUCAAAUUUAAUAUUUCACAAACUAUGCCCCCUUUUACUUUGAUUUUCAAGUUAAUGUUUUACCCAUUUUCACUCAUCACAAUUAUUAUGUCUCCCUAGGAGACAUAUUGUUUUUGCCCUGUCCGUCCGUCCGUCCGUCCGUACGUCACACUUCAUUUCCGAGCAAUAACUGGAGAACCAUUUGACCUCGAACCUUCAAACUUCAUAGGUUUGUAGGGCUGCUGGAGUAGACGACCCCUAUUGUUUUUGGGGUCACUCCGUCAAAGGUCAAGGUCACAGGGGCCUGAACAUUGAAAACCAUUUCUGAUCAAUAACUAGAGAACCACUUGACCCAGAAUGUUGAAACUUCAUAGGAUGAUUGGUCAUGAAGAGUAGAUGACCCCUAUUGAUUUUGAGGUCACUCCGUCAAAGGUCAAGGUCACAGGGGCCUGAACAUUGAAAACCAUUUCCGAUCAAUAACUAGAGAACCACUUGAACCAGAAUGUUGAAAGUUCAUAGAAUGAUUGGUCAUGAAGAGUAGAUGACCCCUAUUGAUUUUGGGGUCACUCCAUCAAAGGUCAAGGUCACAGGGGCCUGAACAUGGAAAACCAUUUCGGAUCAAUAACUAGAGAACCACUUGACCCAGAAUGUUGAAACUUCAUAGGAUGAUUGUACAUGCAAAGUAAAUGACCCCUAUCAAUUUUGGGGUCACUCCAUUAAAGGUCAAGGUCUCAGGGGCCUGAACAUUGAAAACCAUUUCCGGUCAGUAACUUGAGAACCACUUGACCCAGAAUGUUGAAACUUCAUAGGAUGAUUGAACAUGCAGAGUAGAUGACCCCUAUUGAUUUUGGGGUCAGUCUAUUAAAGGUCAAGGUCCCAGUGGCCUGUUCAUGUAAAAUCAUUUUUGGAAAUAACUUGAGAACCACUUGACCUACAAUGUUGAAACUUAAUAGGAUGAUUGGACAUGCAGAGUAGAUGACCCCUAUUUAUUUCGAGGUCACUUGAUCAAAGGUCAAGGUCACAGGAGCCUGAACAGUGACUUGAGAACCACUAGGCCAAGAGUGUUGAAAUUUAGCGGGAUGACUGGAUAUGCCAAGUAGAUGAUCCCUAUUGCAGCCAACCAUCAGUGUCUCUUUGACUUUCGCUCUUGACCCCUAUUUACUUCUUGCCUAUAGGACUUUGCAUUGGGGGAGACAUGCACUUUUUUACAAAAGCAUUUUCUAGUUACUACCAGUAAACAAUGUGUCAUGAAAAGUUUUUCCACAUCAUCACCCACAUGAUAUGACACAAUCUGCGUAACUUGGCAGGAAUAUUCCACGAUUUAUUUGUCCCUUUUGUACUUAGAAAUUCAUGCUAAUAUUUGAAUGUUUUUUCACUGUAUGAUCUACCUUUGUUAUUAUCUUUGUUAUUAUAAAUGGAUUUGGCUCAAACUUAAACUGUUGUCCCACAUCAUAUUCAUCAAGGGGUACUUGUCACUCUAGUGAUAGCUCUAGUUUCCUCAGGUAUGGCCCUAUUUCACAGCAGAGCAUCAAAAUAGUAGAGUACUUUGUCUACUCUGAAACGUAUUGUUACAUUUGUGCAAAGUGACAUUGUCAUAAAGUCAGGCUCAAGAUUUCAAUAUAUGAAAGCAAAAUUACUUUUGACAUCACUGACAAGACAUAAUUACCUUCAGCCUGGGUUGAACCAACAUAACAGUACACUAGUCAAAGCUAAAGGAAUUGUGCAAUACAGUUUUGACAGUUCAUUGAAUUAAGAAGUUUUAUUCCAAUUUGUUGGUUUACUGUUAAUGUAUAUAUGAAAUAAAAGUAUACAAGUCAGCGUAUCUGUGUUGUUACUAUCCUGUUACGUAAAUUUUACUUUAAACAAUAUUGUUUCAAAAUAUGCAUUUGAUACAAAUGAAUGCAAAUUCUGUCUUAGGAUUGAGGUGUAAGCUAUAAAUUUGUAUUAAAACUGCUUUCAUUUACUAUUCCAUGGAUGUGUAAUUUUAACUGUCCAUGAUGGCAGACCAUUCAUUCUGCUGGUGGAGUUCUAAGUAUUGAGAUGGAUUAAAGUUAAUUGAAAUAUUAAUAUCCACAUACGAAUUUCCGUGCAUACAUAUAGGCUGUCAAGGUCAAAUGCCGGAGCAUGUUGGAUCAUGUAAAUGGUGUGAUAGUAACUUUAUAGGCCACUUCCAACAGCUUUGCUGUCAAGUUAACCCUUUAGGUAUGAUUAUGGUCUGACUAGGUGUCACAAUUGAUAGAGAUCAGUUGAUCAUGCAUAACAUUGAAGAUUGCAGAACAGCUGGCUGGUGAGUUUCUUUGUGCAUAUUCUAACCAUUAGGGUUGGUGGUUGGUAAUCGAGGUGGAUGUACAGGAAAAGUGUGUUCCCUGGAAGAUCUUGAUAUUUUACUGCUAAUUUCUGAAAAUCGAGAGAUCAUAAAGUAGUCCUAAGGGAUUUGUCUAAUUUUGGAAAAUAUCUAUACAUAUUCCAUUUAUAGACUGAUACAAUUAUCAUGCUUUUAACUAUAAUUUUAUUUAUUGAGAAAAUUCAAGAAGAUUAAUGAGGAGCACAUUUUGAUUGAGUGGUGUUCAACCUGAUUUUUUUUAGGAUGACAAAAAUAUUUUCACAAAAUCACAUUCGUCCUAGACUUAACAAGCGAGGCGAACGUCAAGAAAAAGUUGCAUUUCUUCACAAAUUCUGUUGAAAGAUUUAUCAUAUUUAAGAAAACUUGAAGAUGAGUGAACAGAGAAGAGGAAAGAAGCGACCAAAGUCAUACUACAUAAAAUGUGCCGCUGGAGGAAAGAAAGUGAAGAAAACAAACAUUAUUAGUGCUGGCAUGAAGGGGUUCCUUGUCACUUGCAAUAAAUAUGAGCGAGAAACUGUCCGAGAGAUGUAUAACCUGCUCAAUGAGUAUGCUGAUGUUAUGUAUGGACCAGAACUAGACAACACAGCAACAAAAGCAGCAGAUACCAGUGAUAAUGACUCUGAUGAAGAAGAUAUUGAGAAAGCUAUGGCAAAGGAAACAUCUGCCAUAAAACAGGCAAGCAUAGGAGAGAGGAGGUUUCAGAAUACAGACACAAAAUGUAACAAUGUCAUCUUCAUACGGACCACGUUAGAGGAUCCAUGCCGUCUGGCACAUGAAAUAUUCAGAGACAUACAAGACAAACAGGUACAGAAAGCGAGAUACGCUAUAAGGAUGUUACCAGUGGCUGCUAUAUGUACACCAGUCACUAAAGACAUUGAACAGACUCUGAAAACUGUUCUCGCUCCUCACUUUGAGACAGAAUUUGGAGUAGGAAUUAAUUACACAGCCGCUUGUAAAAUCAGGAACAAUAACAGUGUCUCAAAAAAUAUGAUUUUACCUUUGCUAGGAAAGUUAAUUAAAGAGAUGAACCCCCUGCAUAGACUGUGCCACGAUGAACCAGACCUAGUUAUCAUUAUUGAAGUCAUACAGAAGGCUUGCUGUUUUAGUGUAGUGAAAGACUAUUUCAAAUUUAGAAAGUACAAUUUGCACGAAAUUAUUAAAAAGCCUAUAGAAGAUGAGACUUGUGACAAAGGCAAUGCAGAUAAAGAUGUUGAGGACGAUAAAAGAGAUAAUGAAGGAAGUGCAGAUAAUGUUGAUACAAUUGAAAAUAUUGAAGAUUCUUAAAAAAGAACUGAAGACACUGUUGACAGUACCCAGAAAAAGAGUGGAGAAACUUUGGAAGAAACUGAUGGUGGUCAGACAGUUGAUACACAAGUAGAGAAGGACAUUGUUGAGAUAUGUUAUGAAACAAAAGAUAAAGAUGAAAACAGUGAAAAAGUUGAAAAUGAAGAAUCAGACCUAGGCAAAAACAACAGCAGUGUAGAAAGUAAAGAAGAUAAAACUGAUCAGGCAGUUAUUUGUAUAGAGUAAUCAAGUCAUGGAUAAAUAAAUUUCAUGAUCUUGUAAA